GUGCGCUCUCAGGCUGCUUUGACUAUCCAGCAGUUCUUCUCAACCGUGUUCACAGAUCCUACAGUUCCUGUUUCCGACUCAGGGUUUCCACUCAUUUAUUUUUUUAAUUUUUUAAUUUUAUUUUGGGAGCAACAAAUCCCCGCGCGGCCGCAGCGCGUACAGACAGCGCCGCUCAGAUGCCGCCCGAUCAUGUCAAGGACACAACUCGAAAUCUAAAGGAAUCCUUUGGGACUAUAAGGAAUCUGUGAGGCACUGUGGAGGAGAAAAGGCCAACACAGAGAGGGGUGGAAGAAAAAAGACACCAAUCAAGUCGCCAAAUGACACUAAUCAUGAUUUAGAACACGGAAGAAAAGCUUUUUCGUCUCUGGAACCGCACCCCCUACCUCGUCUAAUCCACCCGUGAGCCAGUCCCCCGUCAGUUUUCCUCUGAUCUCUAAUUCACCGCGUACCAUCCCGGGAAAGAUGCCGAUGCCAAGACUGGCGCUGUGGCAUUUGUGGUGACAGGUCAGUGUGUGUGUUUGCACAUCCGGCAGGCAGGUUGGUUGGUGUACAGGCACACCAAAAGGGAUUUUCAGGCAGGCGUGGUUCAACCAUGCGACCCUGGGCGGGUUCAUGGCGUUGGAUAACCCUGGUGCUGUUGGCCUGGGGCACGUUGCUCUUCUACAUCGGUGGCCAUUUAGUGAAGGACAGCGAGCACCCGGAGCGAUCCAGCCGAGAGCUCUCCAAGAUCUUGGCCAAGCUGGAGCGGCUUAAGCAGCAGAAUGAAGACCUGCGGCGCAUGGCCGAAUCUCUCAGGAUACCAGAGGGUCAAGCUGAAGCCGGGUCCCUGGCAGCAGGGCGACUGCGUUCCCUGGAGGAUCAGUUAACCCGAGCCAAACAGAAGAUCCACAGCUUCCAGAAACUCACUGGAGAUGGCCCUGGACCCACUCAAGAGGAGCUACGGAGGAGGGUGGAUAACGGCGUGAAGGAGUUCUGGUACUUUGUUCGCAGUGAGGUGAAGAAAUUGGCCAAUGUCGAGCCCAGCGAGAGGCAGAAGUACGCCGACACACUCCUCCAGGACCUCGGAAGCCAGGAGAGGUCAAUCAUGACAGAUUUGUACUACCUCAGCCAGGCAGACGGACUGGGCGAAUGGAGAACAAAGGAGGCAAAAGACCUGUCGGAUCUGGUCCAGAACAGAAUCACCUACCUACAGAACCCCCCAGACUGCAGCAAGGCGAGGAAGCUGGUGUGCAACAUCAACAAAGGCUGUGGCUACGGCUGCCAGCUCCACCACGUCGUCUACUGUUUCAUGAUCGCGUACGGCACCCAGCGCACGCUCAUCCUAGAGUCGCACAACUGGCGCUACGCCCCCAGUGGCUGGGAGACCGUCUUCCUGCCCUCAGUAACACCUGCACCGACCCGCUCCGGGGCCUCCACGGGACACUGGUCAGGAGAGGCUCAUGACAAGGACAUCCAAGUUGUGGAGUUGCCUAUCGUGGAUAGCCUCCACCCACGGCCACCAUACCUGCCGCUGGCUGUCCCUGAGGAUCUGUCGCCGCGUUUGCAGCGUCUGCACGAUGACCCCUCUGUCUGGUGGGUGUCCCAGUUCGUCAAGUACCUUGUCCGCCCUCAGGCAUGGCUAGAGAAGGAGAUUCAGCAGACCACAGCCAAGCUGGGCUUCAAGCACCCCAUCAUUGGAGUCCACGUGAGGAGGACCGACAAAGUGGGGACGGAGGCGGCCUUCCACCCCAUAGAGGAGUACAUGCUGCAUGUGGAGGAGCAGUUUCAACUUCUGGCGAGACGCAUCCAUGUCGACAAGAAACGGAUUUACCUGGCCACAGACGACCCCUCGCUACUUCAGGAAGCCAAGACCAAGUAUCCAGACUACGAGUUCAUCAGUGAUAACUCCAUCUCGUGGUCGGCGGGCCUUCACAACCGCUACACAGAGAACUCACUACGAGGAGUCAUCCUGGACAUCCACUUUCUAUCACAGACCGACUUCCUGGUGUGCACCUUUUCCUCCCAGGUCUGCCGUGUGGCCUACGAGAUCAUGCAGACGCUGCAUGCAGAUGCCUCCUCCUUCUUCUACUCCCUGGACGACAUCUACUAUUUUGGAGGCCAAAAUGCCCACAACCAGAUCGCCAUCUUACCCCACCAGCCGCGCACCAGUGAGGACAUUCCCCUUGAGCCCGGAGACGUGAUCGGAGUAGCCGGCAACCACUGGGACGGUUACUCCAAAGGCAUCAACCGCAAACUAGGCCGCACGGGCCUCUAUCCUUCCUACAAGGUCAAAGAGAAAAUUGAGACCGUGAAGUAUCCGACGUACCCCGAAGCGGACAAACUGCUCAGCUCCCAAAAGAAGUAAGACGAUGUGUAGGGGCGUUUAAAAAAAAAAAAGACAAAAGGAAGAAAGGAGCGAAGACAAAUACACAGACUCCGACACAGGGAAGGAGGCUGCCUGUACAGAGGAACAGCCCACUUAGUUCACUAAGCUGAAAACAGGAAGCGCCUACGCCCACAGGCGUUACCAGUGACAAUGCACUCUGUGUGCAUGUGCGCGCACAGGUGUGCGUGUGUGUAUAAUUGCUUGUGCACAUGUCAAGAUCUUGGAAGACUUGCACCCAACCAAUACCCCCCACCUUCCCUUGCGCCCGACGCGACAAACUCGGGCACGUAGAGACGUAGAAGUUGAUUUGAAACAAAUCACUCCGUAGUCGGCCGCGCUCGUUAUCACGAGAGCGACUGGGGCGAAGACUGAAAAAGACAAAAAAACAACAGUGAACUGAGACAAAGUGUUUUAAUUUAAUUAUUUUAUGUGCUUUUGAUUCUAAUCUUGCCUUCUUCUUUUGUUUUUGUUUGUUUGUUUUUUCCUCUACUGAUUUUGGUCAUUGAAUGUACCGUGUUCUCUUCUUGCCAUUCUCACGGUUCCGCUCACGUUCACUGUGCUUCCUCCAUCUCGACUCGUGCAAUUAUUUUGAUCUCACCAUGUUGUGCUUUUGAUUUUUAUUUUUUUAACUGACUUAAUUUUUGUGCAUAUGGGGCUUGUGCAUUGUAUACUGUACAGAGAGUGUGUGUGUGUGUGUGUGUGUGUGUGUGUGUGUGUGUGUGUGUGUGUGUGUGUGUGGUGUGUGUGUGUGUGUGUGUGUGUGUGUGUGUGUGUGUGUGUGUGUGUGUGUGUGUGUGUGUGUGUGUGUAUGCAUGCAUGAGUGUUCCUAGAAAAGUCCAAGGGGCCAUUGUUCCAACUUGGUGCCUGUCGUUGGUGAACCCGGCUGUAUGACCUGUGGUUUUUAUUUUAUUAUAAUUUUUUAGAGUGGGGGGGGCGGAGGUGCUCAGCAUACAGACUCGGGUCACUCCGCUGGUGACCUCUAGUGGACUCCGGUAAGAUUACGUGAUGUGUGACGCACUAGUCUCCCAAGCACUCCAUAGACGGCGUCUUUUAAGCCCAUCUGUUUGUCGUCUGUUUUAAAAUCUCUGUUUUAAACGAAAUGAAGAAAAGAAAGGUGUUUUAAAAACAUGAAGGGUUUUUUUGUUUUGUUUGUUUUUCAUAACUUAUGUUCUCGGGCAUUGUCUUUGAUAUCCACAGAUGAAAUAAACUUGAGAAACCAACACAGCA